CACUCAACAGACUUGGCGCUGUAGCCCCGGCGCGCUCUUCUCCCAGUCACUCCUUUCACUUUGUUUCUUCUCGGAGAUCAAAGCAUGCUUGCUUUGCUGAAAUCUUAACUACACCCUGCGAGUUGAAGCCUUGCGCUCUCUUCGGUCCUCACCCGCAUUACUUUUUGACCGCGAUCUUCCUCUCCGAGCACCGCCACCACCACCAAUAUGGACCUUGCGAAUACCCUCAUCCGGACUGUGGCGCGCGCCUUCUACGAGACCCGCCACAUUCUGGUGGUCGAUGCGCUCUUCCUACACUCAGUACUCCACGCUGAGGAUCUUGCGUUUCUGAUGGGAAUGCAACAAAAGGAUCUUCGCAAGCUUUGCGCUAAGCUCCGAGAGGACCGACUGAUCGCAGUAAGCACCCGCGCCGAGAUCCGUGAUGGGUCCACUCGUCCUGUGAACCGCGAAUACUACUACAUCCCCUUGCACCCGGUUGUUGAUGCGAUCAAAUACAAAGUUUCCAAAUUGACGGCGAACAUCAAAGCGCAAUACACACCGAGCGAGGAACGUAAGGAAUACAUUUGCAUCCGAUGUGGAACCGAGUGGACGGAAUUGGACGUCCUGAGUCUGGUUGGCGAUGAAGGAUUCGAAUGUCAGAACUGUGGCGCAGUCCUGGAACGAACCGAGGAUGUCAAGGGCGUGGAGGGAAUUGACCGUACGGGUCAUGAGAAGAACAGCAAGCUAAUGGCCCAGCUUGACAACAUGCUCAAGCUCCUGAAGCAGAUCGAUACCGUGGAAAUCCCACCCAAUGACUUUGAAACUGCUUGGGACCACAAGGUGGAAGUCCCUAGGAACCAGAGCACACAUCCAGUUCGUGCCGCGAUUGUUGUUCCACCCAAGGCGCAGGAUAUCACACGUCCCAACGCGAAGACUGAUGCAGCCGCACUGGAGAUUUCCCUUACUUCGAGUGAAGAGAAGAGUGCUGCUGAGCAAGCCGAUGAGGCUGCUCGGAAGGCAGCCGUGGAGAAGCAAAAUGCUCUUCCAGUUUGGCACACCCAUUCUACUGUCAAUUCAACGCCCGCAAAUGGACAGGUCAAGACCGACGGUGGCAGCUUGGUGAAGCCCGAGCUUGCGGAUGACGAGAAGCCCAGUCUGGAUGCCUUGGAUGACAAGGUUGCCGCUUACUACGCGGAGAUGGAGCGCGAGAAGGCACUCCAAGCCCAAGAAGAUGCCAGCAGUGCGGAUGAUGACUCUGACGAUGAAUUUGAAGAUGUCGAGGGUGUUUCUGGCCCAAGUGGACCGGGUACCCCUGCCACGAACGGCGGCCCUACAAGUGCUCCCAGCGGCUCGUUCAGCGGAGCUGGCGUCAAGCGAGAUCUUGAUUCCGCAUCCAGUGCCCCUCAGUCCUCCGUUGGCACCCCAUCCACUCCUGCUGAUGAUGGUCCUGCCGCAAAGAGAAUUAAGGUCGACCCGGAGAUCAAGCCUGACCCCGAUGCCGAACCUGACACCAAGAACGAGGCAGAGGAAUCGGACGAGGAUGACGAGGAAUUCGAGGAUGUCUAACGAAAUACAAAAAUCAAACGUGGGCGCUGGCGCCAAAAAUAAUACAAGGCGGAUAGAUGUUGGACCCAAUAUUGAGGCUGGAUGGUCAUCAGCAUCGCACCGUCCAUACAGUAGGUAUUACUGAUGGAUGAGAUG